CUUCAUUUUUCAACGCAACACUUUGUAAGGUGAGACGAGGCUCAGUUUACAGCCUCAAUUGCCAAAUCCUUCUAUCUCUCUCUCUAAGCAGAGAGAAUCGAGAGCCGGCCGGAGCAGCCAUGGAAAUGGUGAUGAGCUUCCACGCCUCCUCUUCCCCAUUGCUUUACAACCCCAAAUUCAAGGUCGGAAGAGCAUUCACUCCUCUAAGUAAGCAGUUCGAUGGUUUGAGUUCAUCCUCCAGGACCUCAACUUCAAUACCCAAGCAAGCUCUCAAGGUUUGUUCCAGAACUCCACUUCGAACUCCGGUCAAAUGCUCUGCCUCUCAAGCUACGGAAGCCCGCACCGCGAAGAGCCAACUGAUGAGGAGACAAGAUAUAAGGAACAUAGCAAUAGUGGCUCACGUAGACCAUGGAAAGACAACUUUGGUUGAUGCCAUGUUGAAGCAAGCGAAGGUAUUUCGUGACAAUCAAGUUGUCAAAGAAAGAAUUAUGGACUCAAAUGACCUGGAGCGUGAAAGAGGAAUUACAAUACUGAGCAAAAAUACAUCUAUUACAUACAAGGAUACAAAGAUUAAUAUUAUUGAUACUCCAGGGCACUCUGAUUUUGGUGGUGAAGUUGAACGUAUUCUCAAUAUGGUGGAAGGGAUCCUUCUAGUGGUAGAUUCUGUUGAGGGUCCAAUGCCACAAACAAGAUUUGUGCUUAAGAAGGCUCUAGAAUUUGGGCAUGCUGUUGUAGUCGUGGUCAACAAGAUUGACAGACCUUCUGCCCGUCCAGAUUAUGUCAUCAAUUCUACUUUUGAGCUCUUUAUUGAAUUGAAUGCAUCAGAUGAGCAGUGUGAUUUUCAAGCAAUUUAUGCUAGUGGCAUUCAAGGUAAGGCUGGUUUAUCCCCUGAAAAAUUGGCAGAAGAUCUUGGACCACUUUUUGAGUCUAUAAUCAGAUGCAUCCCUGGACCACGUAUUGACAAAGAUGGUGCAUUGCAAAUGCUUGCUACAAAUAUUGAAUACGAUGAGCACAAAGGAAGGAUAGCCAUUGGUCGACUGCAUGCUGGAGAAUUGCAAAAAGGAAUGGAUGUGAAGGUAUGCACAACAGAAGAUUCUUGUAGAUAUGCAAGAAUUAGUGAGCUUUUUGUAUAUGAAAAAUUCAGUAGGGUUCCUGUGGACAAGGUGCAAGCUGGUGAUAUAUGUGCGGUUUGUGGAGUAGAUGAUAUUCAGAUUGGUGAGACAAUUGCUGACAAACAAUAUGGCAAACCAUUACCCGCUAUUAAGGUGGAAGAACCAACAGUAAAGAUGGCUUUCGCAAUUAACACUUCUCCGUUUGUUGGCCGUGAGGGCAAGUACGUCACUAGUAGAAACUUAAGGGAUCGGCUCUACCGUGAGCUUGAGCGUAAUUUAGCAAUGAAAGUUGAAGAUGGCGAAACAGCAGAUACAUUUAUUGUUAGUGGUCGGGGUACUUUGCAUAUAACAAUACUUAUAGAGAACAUGCGGAGGGAAGGAUAUGAAUUUAUGGUGGGACCUCCUAGAGUUAUCACCAAAAAGGUGAAUGACCAAUUGGUGGAACCAUAUGAGAUUGCCACUGUGGAAGUGCCAGAAGAACACAUGGGAGCAGUAGUUGAACUGUUGGGCAAGAGGCGUGGACAGAUGUUUGAUAUGCAGGGCGUUGGGUCAGAAGGGACAACUUUUUUGAGAUAUAAGAUUCCAACUCGGGGUCUUCUUGGAUUGAGAAAUGCAAUUUUGACAGCUUCACGUGGCACAGCAAUUCUCAACACAAUAUUUGAUUGCUAUGGACCUUGGGCUGGUGACAUUCACACUCGUGAUCAGGGUUCACUGGUAGCUUUUGAGGAAGGCACUACAACUUCUUAUGCCCUUUGUAGUUCACAGGAGAGAGGGCAGAUGUUUGUCAGUCCUGGUGUAGAUGUUUACAAAGGUCAAAUAGUUGGAAUUCAUCAACGGCCUGGGGACUUAUCCCUUAAUGUGUGCAAGAAAAAAGCUGCAACAAACGUACGCUCCAACAAAGAACAAACGGUGGUUCUUGAUACACCAUUGGACUAUAGUUUAGACGACUGUAUCGAGUACAUCCAAGAGGAUGAACUAGUGGAAGUCACCCCUUCAAGCAUCCGAAUGUGCAAAAAUGCAAAAAUGGCCAAGAAAACGAGGUAGAUAUUUCAUAUUCGUUACAGAGAUCUUCAACUAGCAAAAGUCGCAGGUACAACGCCAUAUUUCCUUGAAUUCAUAAGAUUUCUUAGAGCUUCUAGUCAAUAAUAAAUUAUUUAAGCAUCAAAGCUACCAUCUACAAUAGUUCGUAUUAUUUGUACAUAAGAGAAGAAGACAUUAAAGUUGUAUCCCGUCCAAAAUGGUGAUUGAUUGGUAGAAACUAGAAAGUGAACCAUACUAGGCUCCUUUUUCCCUUAUAUUUGAUGUAAUUUUGACCUAUGCCAUUGCUUCUCUUUAUUACUUUUGAAUUUUGAUAGGCUGUUGCUUGGAGCCUUCUUUGGCUCCAAUCCUAUCAAAUCAGUCUAUUAUCUUAUGGAUGUUCAUUGCACGCA